AUGUUUGCCUUACUCGGAUUGGCCUUCCUUGCAGCUGUCAACCCCGGCGCACUCGGUGCACCUGUCGCUGGCAGUGAUGUACCAACUGGACAGGUCAUCACUAAAUGCACCACCCCCAACACCAUCGCCUUAACCUUCGAUGACGGCCCGUCCUCAUACACUCCCCAACUGCUUGACCUUCUCAGCAAAUACAACGCCCGUGCGACCUUUUUCGUUCUGGGCGAGGCAAGCCAGGCGAACCCUCAAAUCAUUCAGCGCAUCAAAAGCGAGGGACAUCAAGUUGGUUCCCACACCUACACCCACACUAGCCUGCCAACCUUGUCUCGUGAUCAGAUUGUUCAAGAGAUGAGCAGCCUCGAAUCUGUGCUGCAAAAUAUCCUAGGCUAUGUUCCGGCAUACAUGCGACCUCCUUAUUUCGACGUCAACGAUUUGACCCUUCAAACCAUGCGUGAUCUCGACUACCAUGUCAUAACGGCCAGUAUCGAUACUAAGGAUUAUAGCCACAACAGUCCCGAUCUUAUCGAUCAGAGCUUCCAGAAAUUUGUCAAUGAGCUCAACAGUGGCGGCAGUAUCUCGCUGGCUCAUGAUACCAAAGAACAGACGGUGGUUUACUUGGCUCAGAAAAUGCUGGAUGAAACCAAGUCGAGAGGUUUGACUGUGACUACCGUUGGCGACUGUCUGGGUGAGAAAGAGACUUUGUGGUACCGUUCGAGUAAGUAG